AUGAAUAUUCGACAGAACCUCUUCGGCCAUGGUCGCGCCCCAGCGACUCCGCCUCGAGGCGAAUCGCCCAUGGGGGGGCAUGAUGCUCCACGAAGCAGUUUUGGUGAUAGAAAUUCGCUGGGAAGACCUCACCUCCCUUCGAUCCCCGGCCUAAGCCGUUCGCCAAAACGAAUCCAAAUGAGAAUCGCCAAAGUCGAGGAUAAAAACCUGGCAAACCAAUACAUCUUUGGGAAUAUUUGCGCGGUGUCGCCGGUCGACUUUCCCCCGUCUCGAGAUGGAUCGGAUUUAUACAUACUUAUCAACGGGAUCUAUGUUGUGACAGCCCGUCCUACCAAUCAGUUCCCCCCAGGAUUCAUAAGCUUGAACGAUAAGCAAAGGUCAUGGUGCAAUGUUGGAAUGAUGGAUAUUCUGACCGCCGAGUUAUACGAUCCAUUCUCACAGGGCAGCCACGCCUACUUAGGAGCGUUAGAUAUCGACGUAGGAUUUGCGUCCCCAAAGAAGAUCACAGAUGUUCCAUACGACCAGGAUGUGCUUGCCGAUGCAUUCGUCAGGCUGUUUGAGAACCAGGUGUUCGCACCUGGACAACAACUUCUUAUGGACUACAAGAAUAUCCCAUUGGGAUUCAGGAUCAGGACCGUCCAGCUGGUAGAUCUUACUAUGGAGAAGAACCCAUCAUCGCCGACAUUGACGAACCCAAGUUCACGUGGUAUCUUGACCAGGCAUAGCGCAAUCACGUUCUACAAGGACGCAAGCUCACCCAUCAAACUGAAGGGAUCUGCAAGGCGGCCGGCUGCGAAUUCCAUCAUUGCUCCCGACUUCAAGUUUGAGAAUAUGGGAAUCGGUGGCUUGGAUACCGAGUUCAGUUCCAUAUUUCGAAGAGCGUUCGCUUCCCGUAUCUUCCCUCCUGGCUUGAUAGAUAAGCUGGGUAUUCAGCACGUCAAGGGUAUUUUACUUUAUGGUCCUCCAGGUACCGGGAAGACGCUCAUUGCUCGGCAAAUUGGAAAGAUGCUGAACUCCAGAGAGCCGAAAGUCAUUAAUGGUCCGGAGGUUCUGAACAAAUAUGUUGGACAGUCAGAAGAGAAUAUCCGAAAGCUCUUCGCUGAUGCCGAAAAGGAGUAUAAAGAGAAAGGAGACGAGAGUGGUCUCCAUAUCAUCAUUUUCGAUGAAUUGGAUGCCGUUUGCAAGCAAAGAGGUAGUGGGGCCGGUGGUGGAACUGGUGUUGGAGACAGUGUGGUCAAUCAGCUGCUGUCCAAACUUGAUGGUGUCGACCAGCUCAACAAUAUCCUUCUGAUCGGAAUGACCAAUCGUAUGGAUAUGAUUGACGAUGCGCUGCUCAGACCGGGUCGAUUGGAGGUCCACAUGGAGAUUUCCUUGCCAGAUGAAUCCGGAAGGGCACAGAUUCUGAAAAUCCACACCUCGAAGAUGCGUGAGAACAAUGUGAUGGAUAAGGACGUCAAUAUUGCAGAGCUUGCUAGCCUGACCAAGAACUUCUCUGGGGCAGAGAUUGGGGGGUUGGUGAAAUCCGCUUCCUCAUUUGCCUUCAACCGCCAUGUUAAAGUUGGCACCGUGGCCGGUGUCAGUGAUGACAUCGAGAACAUGAAGGUCAACAGAGCAGAUUUCAUGAAGGCCUUGGAAGAAGUCAAGCCAGCCUUUGGUGUCUCCGAAGAAGAGCUCGAGACGGCAAUGGAUCGUGGCAUCCUUCACUACAGCCCAUACAUCGAGCACAUCCUCAACGACGGCCGCUCCUUCGUGAGCCAGGUCCGCAAUUCCGCCACCACCUCUCUGCUCUCAGUCCUGAUUCACGGCCCACCGGGCUCGGGGAAGACUGCCCUCGCCGCCAAAAUCUCACAGGAAUCCCAAUUCCCGUUUAUCAAGCUCGUCUCGGCCGAGAACAUGGUUGGCUUCAGCGAGAUGGCCAAGAUCCAGUAUCUCAACAAGGUCUUCACGGAUGCCUACAAGUCGCCGCAAAACAUCGUCGUCGUAGAUAACAUUGAGCGACUCAUCGAAUGGGUUCCCAUCGGACCUAGAUUCUCGAACCCCGUGCUCCAAGCCCUGAUGGUCCUCUUAACCAAAAAACCCCCCGCUGGUCGCCGUCUCCUCAUCCUCGGCACCACCUCACAGCGCAGCGUUCUGCGCCAGCUCGACCUCCAACCCAUCUUCAACUACGAGCUCGCCGUGCCGAGCAUCAACACGCACAAGGAGCUCGCAGCGGUGCUGCGCGAGGUGCGCGCCUUCGACAGCGAGGCCGAGCUCGCUCGCUCGCUGCACGAGCUGCGCGAGACCACCGGCACCGACCAGGUCGGCGUCGGCAUCAAGAAGGUGCUGCUCGGUGUCGAGAAGGCUAAGGAGGAGAAGGAGAAUGUGCCCAGUAGAUUGGCGGAUAUUAUUGCGCAGCAGAUGGCGGCGAAUAUGGAUUAG